GGAGGCGGCGGCGGCGGCGGCGGCGGCGAUGGCGACGUUCAUCUCGGUGCAGCUGAAGAAGACGUGGGAGGUGGACCUGGCCAAGCCGCUGGUGAAGUUCCUGCAGCAGACCUACCCCGCCGGCGACCAGCAGGCGCAGUCCUGCCGCGCCGCCGAGGAGCUCAGCAGGCUCCGCCGCGCCGCGCUGGGGCGCCACCUCGACAAGCACGACGCCGCCCUCGACACCCUGCUCAGGUACUAUGAUCAGAUUUGUUCCAUUGAGCCCAAAUUUCCAUUUUCUGAAAAUCAGAUCUGCUUAACUUUUACGUGGAAAGAUGCCUUUGAUAAAGGAUCGCUCUUUGGGGGCUCUGUGAAACUGGCUCUUGCCAGCUUGGGCUAUGAAAAGAGCUGUGUGUUGUUCAACUGUGCAGCGUUAGCUAGCCAGAUCGCCGCAGACCAGAACCUGGAUAACGAUGAAGGUCUGAAAACCGCCGCUAAGCAUUAUCAGUUUGCGAGUGGAGCCUUUCUGCAUAUUAAAGAGACAGUUCUGUCUGCCCUAAAUCGAGAACCUACCGUGGACAUCUCUCCAGACACUGUUGGGACUUUGAGUCUUAUUAUGCUGGCGCAAGCCCAGGAAGUAUUCUUCCUAAAAGCCACGAGAGAUAAAAUGAAAGAUGCUAUCAUCGCUAAACUGGCCAACCAAGCUGCGGAUUAUUACGGUGAUGCUUUCAAACAGUGUCAGUACAAGGAUACUCUGCCCAAGUAUUUUUAUUUCCAGGAGGUGUUUCCCGUCCUGGCUGCAAAGCACUGCAUAAUGCAGGCCAAUGCUGAAUAUCACCAAUCUAUCCUGGCCAAGCAGCAGAAAAAAUUUGGCGAAGAGAUUGGGAGAUUGCAGCAUGCGGCGGAGUUGAUUAAAACAGUGACCUCCCGCUACGACGAAUACGUAAACGUGAAAGAACUGUCUGACAAAAUCAACCGCGCGCUCACGGCGGCGAAGAAGGACAACGACUUCAUUUACCACGAUCGGGUGCCAGACCUCAAAGACCUCGAUCCUAUCGGCAAAGCCUCCCUCGUGAAAUCGACCCCAGUCAUCGUCCCUCUCAGUCAGAAAUUCUCAGACCUGUUUGACAAGAUGGUCCCUGUGGCAGUACAACAGGCUCUGUCCGUCUAUAAUCAGAGGAAAGCCGAACUGGUAAACAGAUCGAUAGCUCAGAUGAGAGAGUCCACCAAUUUUGCCAACGGGGUGUUGGCUUCCCUCAACCUUCCUGCGGCGAUUGAGGACAUAUCCGGCGAUACCGUUCCGCAGUCGAUUUUGGUCAAGUCUAAAGCUGUGAUCGAGCAGGGAGGUAUCCAGACCGUCGACCAGUUGAUCAAAGAGCUGCCUGAGCUGCUCCAGAGAAAUAGAGAAAUCUUGGAUGAGUCUUUAAGAUUGUUGGAUGAGGAGGAAGCCACUGACAACGAUCUGAAGACAAAAUUCAAGGAACGUUGGCAAAGAACACCAUCCAGCGAACUCUACAAGCCUCUGAGGGCAGAGGGAAAUAACUUCCGCGCGGUUUUGGAUAAAGCCGUGCAAGCCGACGGCCAGGUUAAGGAACGCUAUCAGUCUCACCGCGAUACCAUUGCGCUUCUCUGUAAGGCCGAGCCCGAACUGAAUGCCGCCAUCCCGUCCGCUAAUCCAGCCAAAACCCUGCAGGGCAACGAGGUGGUGAAUGUCCUCAGAUCCUUACUGAGCAAUCUGGACGAAGUCAAGAAGGAAAGAGAAAAUCUGGAAAAUGACCUGAAGUCAGUCAACUUUGACAUGACGAGCAAGUUUCUGACUUCCUUGGCUCAGGAUGGCGCUAUAAACGAAGAGGCGAUUUCUGUCACGGAACUGGACCGCAUCUACGGAGGGCUCACCCGCAAAGUUCAGGAGUCUUUGAAAAAGCAGGAGGAACUCUUAAGCAGCAUUCAGGUCUCACACCAAGAAUUUUCCAAAAUGAAGCAAUCGAACAGCGAAGCCAAUUUACGGGAAGGAGUGCUGAAGAACCUAGCUACGGCGUACGACAACUUUGUGGAACUUGUAGCCAAUUUGAAAGAAGGCACCAAGUUUUAUAACGAGCUGACGGAAAUCCUGGUCAAGUUCCAGAACAAAUGCAGUGAUAUCGUAUUCGCCCGGAAGACCGAGAGAGAUGAGCUCCUAAAGGACUUGCAGCAAAGCAUUGCCCGGGAACCCAGUGCCCCCUCCAUCCCCACGCCAGCAUAUCAAGCCACGCCAGCCGGCGGAAGCGCCUCGACCCCUCCCACCCCAGCGCCGAGAACCACGGUGCCUCCGAAGCCACAACCUCCAGCCCGGCCUCCCCCGCCUGUGAUCGCGGCCGGUCGCCUCACGCCCGGUGCCGCGGCCCCCGGAACGACCGCUACGGCCCCGUCGCCGACCCCUGGGCCCGCUCCCGCCGGUUCCGCUCCAUCUCAGGCCCAAGGACCGCCGUACCCCACCUAUCCAGGAUACCCCGGGUAUUGCCAGAUGCCCAUGCCGAUGGCCUACAACCCUUACAUGUACGGCCAGUAUAACGCGCCGUUUCCGCCGAUGUACCAUCAGAGCCCCGGCCAGGCCGCGCCGUACCCGGCACCUCAGCAGCCGUCCUACCCUUACCCCCAGCCCCCGCAGCAGCCUUACUACCCGCAGCCGUGAUUCGCCGACAGAGCCGGCCCGCUCGUCUCCAGCUCGCCGAACACUCGCAAUAAGUAGACUAAAUCUUUAGCUCCGGUCAAUGUAUCGUACCGUACCGAAUGCAGUCUGUAAUUUCCGCCUCCGGUUAGAGGGUCGAAACGCCGUGCCCGUAGUCCCGUGUCUCAUCGCGUUUCUCGAGGGUCCCCGCCGCCACAACACUAGGUGAAAUUUACUUGAAUUAAGUCACGUUACCGAUCGCGGUGUAUGGAAAGGGGAGACAGCGCAGGCGAGAAAUGUGCGGAAACUGUCCGAACGCGAGGAGAGGGGGGCGUUGGGUAUUUAAAAGCGACAGUCGAGAUACCGACGCCCUACGAGACGACGUAGGAUUUUUCUUCUAUACUCCCUCGGCUUGUAUUUGGUUUGGUCGUCGACCUGCUAUUUUGUGUAACGAUCGAGGCCCUGUAAAGCUAAAAUAAAUUUAAGUUUCAAUGAAAAAA